CUUUAUUCAGAUCUACAUUACCGGCAUGGACGUUGUGACAAGCAAAUUAAUGAUGUUGGUGAAUUUAUAAUCAGAGUUUCAAAACAUGGCCGAUUCUGCAGGAAAUUGGUGUCUUAUCGAAAGUGAUCCUGGUGUUUUUACGGAAUUAAUUAAAGAGUUUGGCGUUAAGGGAGCUGAAGUCGAAGAAUUAUGGAGUUUGGACGACGAGCAGUUUGAGAAUUUAAAACCAGUUCAUGGUUUGAUAUUUCUAUUUAAAUGGGUACAAGACGAUGAACCAUCAGGAAGUAUCGUGCAAGAUAGUAGAUUAGAUAAGAUUUUUUUUGCAAAACAGGUUAUAAAUAAUGCUUGCGCAACACAGGCAAUACUGAGUGUACUGUUAAAUUGUAAACACUCGGAUAUAUCAUUGGGUCCUAAUUUGGAAGAGUUUAAAAACUUUUGUCAGAGUUUUGAUGCAAAUAUGCGUGGUCUUGCUUUAAGUAAUUCCGAUGUUAUCAGAGAAGUUCACAAUUCCUUUUCUAGACAAACUUUAUUCGAGUACGAUACUAAGCAAGCAUCCAAAGACGACGACGUAUUCCACUUUGUGAGUUAUGUGCCAAUCGAUGGUAGAUUAUAUGAACUUGAUGGAUUAAAGGAUGGACCUAUGGAUUUAGGACCGUGUCCGGUUGGCGAUCAGUGGGUUCAAGCAGCCAAACCUAUCAUUCAGAAAUGUAUAAAUAAGUAUAACGAGGGAGAAAUACAUUUCAAUUUGAUGGCUAUAGUAACUGACAGAAAGACUCUUUAUGAACGUCAAAAAACAAAUGUUUGUGAUCCUGCAGAAUUAGAACGUUUACAGGCAUUGAUCGAAGAAGAAAUAAGAAAAUCAAAACGAUAUCAAAUAGAAAAUAUACGAAGAAAACACAACUACCUUCCUCUUAUCAUGGAAUUACUUAAAAUACUUGCCAAAGAAGGAAAACUUAUUCCUCUUUAUCAAAGGGCAAAGGAAAAGGCGCUUGAGAAAGAAUCUAAAAAAAGCAAGACAUAAAGUAUUAUUAUAUUUCAAUAUGAGCUUGUGUAAAAAAAAAAGAAAAGAAAGGAAAAAAAAAAAAAAGAAAAAAAAAAAAAAAGAAAAGAAAGA